GGCCAUCACUCAGUCCCCAAACGCCAUGACUGAGGACAUUUAUACCAACGGCUCAGCAACUCUGGGCAGCCCCUCCCACAGCAACGGCCGUGAGGUGCGAAAGAUACGCCUCGUCCAGUUUGAGAAGGUUACAGAGGAGCCCAUGGGAAUCACGCUGAAGCUCAACGACAAGCAGAGCUGCAUGGUGGCCAGGAUCUUCCAUGGGGGCAUGAUUCACAGACAAGGCUCCCUUCACGUGGGUGACGAAAUCAUAGAAAUCAAUGGGCAGAGUGUGAGCAACCACUCAGUUGACCAGCUGCAGAAGAUGCUGAAAGAAACCAAGGGGACGGUCUCAAUAAAAGUCAUUCCCAACCAACAAAGCCGCCUCCCUGCUCUCCAGAUGUUCAUGAGGGCGCAGUUUGACUACGACCCAAAAAAAGACAACCUGAUCCCCUGCAAGGAAGCAGGGCUGAAGUUUCAGACUGGUGACGUGAUUCAAAUCAUAAACAAGGACGACAGCAAUUGGUGGCAGGGCCGGGUGGAGGGCUCCUGCACUGAGUCAGCAGGACUCAUCCCUUCUCCAGAGCUGCAGGAGUGGCGUGUGGCAAGCAUCACCCAGUCCACUCAGAGUGAAUCCCCGAGCUGUAGCCCCUUUGGGAAGAAGAAGAAGUGCAAAGAUAAAUACCUGGCCAAGCACAGCUCAAUUUUCGACCAGCUGGAUGUGGUUUCAUAUGAGGAGGUGGUGAGGCUGCCUGCCUUCAAGAGGAAGACUCUGGUGCUCAUCGGGGCCAGCGGCGUGGGCCGUAGCCACAUCAAGAACGCUCUGCUCAGCAACAACCCGGAGAAGUUCAUGUACCCACCCCCAUACACCACACGCCCCCAGAAGAAGAAUGAGGUGGACGGAAAGGACUACUACUUUGUGUCCACUGAGGAGAUGACCCGGGACAUCUCAGCCAACGAGUUCCUGGAGUUUGGAAGCUACCAGGGAAACAUGUUUGGCACCAAGUUCGAAACAGUACACAAGAUCCACCAGCAGGACAAAGUCGCUAUUUUGGACAUUGAGCCCCAGACUUUGAAGAUCGUCCGCACGGCCGAGCUCUCUCCGUUCAUAGUCUUCAUUGCCCCAACAGACAAGGCAGAGCAGUCAGAGGCUUUGCAGCAGCUCUGGAAGGAUUCAGAGAGCAUCCGGAGCCGAUACGCACACUACUUUGACCUCUCACUGGUCAACAACAGCGUGGAAGAAAGCCUCCAGCUCCUGCAAGAAGCCUUUGAGCAGGCCUGCAGCUCUCCACAGUGGGUACCCAUCUCCUGGGUCUACUGAGAGGGCAUCUGACCCCAGCUGCUUCCUAUCAACCAUCCUGCGGCCAUAGGAAGAAACCUUCUCAGCUUCCUCUGAUCCACACACAGCCCAGCACAACUUUCUUUCUCUGUUGCUCCAUGGACAUGGUCUCAAUUGGUUACACACACACAGGGUAUCUGGAUCUCCUCUCCCAGCAGGACAUGGGCUGCCUAGGGGAUGGGCCACCUCC